AUGUUUAGAAAUAACUAUGAUAGUGAUGCUGUCACUUUCUCGCCUACCGGUCGUUUAUUCCAAGUAGAAUACGCGUUGGAAGCUAUUAAACAGGGUAGUGCUGCUGUCGGGUUGACUUCCAAGAACAAUGCUGUGUUGGUGGCAUUGAAGAGAAACGCUGAGGAUUUGGGGUCGUAUCACAAGAAGGUGAUCAAGAUAGAUGAUCAUUUAGCGAUUGUUUUGGCCGGGUUGGCCCCAGACGCCAGAGUCUUGUCCAAUUUCCUUAGAACUAAAGCAAUGGAAUCAAAGAUGUUGUUCAAUAGACCAAUCUCAAUACAAAAGGCUGCGAACUUGUUGGCCGAUAAAGCCCAACAAAAUACCCAGAGUUAUGGUUCCAGACCUUAUGGGGUCGGGUUGCUUAUUAUUGGUUACGACGAGAGCGGAUCGCAUUUGUUUGAGUUCCAACCAUCUGGUAACGUGUUAAAGUACAAAGCUAACGCCAUUGGUGCUAGAUCACAAGGGGCAAAGACCUUCUUGGAAAAGAAUUUCGAGUCAUUUGACGAUCUUAAUGAUGCAGAAUUGAUCAAAAACGGUGUCGAAGCCUUGAGACAGACAUUGAAGGACAGUGAAUUGAGCACCAGCAACACCACCAUUGCUAUUGUCGGUAAGGAUGGUUUGAAGAUUUAUGAAGAUGAAGAUGUUGAACCGUUUUUGGAACAAGUAACAGUUGAAGAAGAAGGUGGUGAUGAUGAUGCCCAAGAUGGGUCGGGAGAUGAAAGAAUGGAAGAAGACGGUGCUGCACAAUAG